AUGCUGCUAGCAACACACACGGCGGCUCUCCAGUGUUACACCUGCAUGGGCUCCAAUAAUGAGGACUGUAACCGGCAAGGGUCCAAACCGUGUCCUAGUUUCUCGGAUGCCUGUGCCGUGGUGCAGGGCCAUGACAGUGGGAUGAUGAAGUCCUGCUCGUACAAGUCCUUCUGCAGUCAGGCCAACGGUCAGGGCUACUGGUCACCCGGAGUCUCGGUCUACUGCUGCUAUAACAACGACUGCAACCAGACCAACCCGUCCUCACCGCCUCCUCGACUAGAACACCUCCUGAUGCUGUUGCCACUGCUGCUGCUGACCUGCCUGCUGUAG